GGGGCUGGCGGCCGUGCCCGGGGCCCCGCCGGCAUGAGCGGCGAACGGCGGCGGCCGGGCCGAGCUCCGCGCCCUCCCCUCGGGCCCGGCCCGGCAGCGGCCCCCGGGGCUCGGCGGGGGCUGCCGGCUUCGGGCGGCGGCUCGGAGCGGUGCCGGGCGGGACAGAGCGCGGCGGAAAGCCAGGAUAAUCUUCAAGGGUGGAUGACAGAACCAACCAGCCUUUCUGCAGGUGCAGAAGAGAAAAAAGAGAGUGUUCCCACACAGCUGGUGAAGCAUACAAAUGAAGUUGGUGUUGCUUCUGAGGAACUUGUCUCAGCAAAUGCAGCUGCAGGCCAGAAAGAGCAAAAUACAUCAGAAAUAAGACAAGACUAUGUAUACAGAAGUAGUGGGAGACCUGAGAAGAGAGAUAUGAGUAAAUCUCCUGUGACGGAUCAGGAUGCACCUAGAAACUGUGAACUGUAUGUACCUGUGACUAGUAAUUGUUCAGCAGUGGAGUCAUCUGAGGAGAGUGAGGAGGACAUGUAUCGUGAUGAAGAAGAAAUAGAGAGAGAGAAAAUACUGCUUUGUGAAACAAACUCAUCAGAAUAUAAACUAAGUGUUUCACCUGAAAUGGACAUCAUGGAGUAUUGCAGAAAAGAAUGGAGAGGAAAUACACCAGUAGCAAAAAGGAUGAGAAAGGGCUAUGAAGCAGUUGCUCAGAAGUUUGCCUCUAUAAGGAGAAUACGAGGUGAUAACUAUUGUGCCUUCAGAGCAACUCUUUUCCAGGCAUUAAGCCAAGCUACCCAGUUACCAAGGUGGCUGCAGAGUGAGGAUUUUACUACGCUUCCUGAAAACUUGCUGAGCAAGUAUGACUGGAUCAAGCAGUGGCAGCUAAAACAGAAACCUGGCAAGAAGAUGGGAGAAAUAAGUGAUGAAAUAAAAGAGUAUUUAAUACUUCUAAGGAAAAAGUGGAAGAAUAUAAGUGAAAUAAAGGAUCCCCUUGAGAAACAAGAGGCUUGUGAUAAAUUGUUUAAAAACGAAGAGGAGGAGUAUAGUCUCUAUGAAGCACUGAAAUUUUUGAUGCUUAACACUGCCAUUGAAUUAUACAACGCCGAUAAAAGUGGAAGGAGAGUGCCUGUCUUCUCCUGGCUCCUGUUUGCACGGGAUACAUCCAGCAACCCUUGUCAGUUAAUGCAAAAUCACUUGAAUCAUAUUGGUCACAGUGGAGGCCUUGAACAAGUGGAAAUGUUUCUUCUUGCUUAUGCUCUGCAGUACACCAUCCAAGUGUACCGACUCUAUAAGUACAGCACUGAUGAGUUCAUCACACUUUACCCCAAUGACCCGGAGGAGGACUGGCCUGUGGUGACUCUCAUAACUGAAGAUGACAGACAUUAUAAUAUUCCAGUCAGAAUGUGCCAAGAGACGAUGCUGUAAACAAGUGAUUUUUCAGCAGACAAACCUAUGCUGCUUGUGGAGGUUUCCCAUGCUAUCUUGAAACAGGACAGUGACAAAAUCUGUGUGAUUAAAUCUACAACAACUUGAAUCUGUGUUUUGGAAGUUGACAUCUGAAAUAAAGUAUCAAAUAGGUACUAUCUUAAAUAGUAAAAGUUCAGCAAGCAUGGCUUUGUUUUCUAUUUAAAAAAAAAAGGAAGCUUCUGCAGUCCUUUUUUUUGAAGGACUUACUCUGGAUAGAAUUGCCAAAACUAUAGAUUUAUUCCUUUUAUUUUUUAGUGAGGCUCUGUGGUAAGAGCUGAGCUAAGCUUUUGCUCCCCAAAAUAAUGGCAGUUGAAACUUCUGGGAAAGUAAGGUGGCAGUGUCUUGGCUGAUAUUUGUAAUAGUGCUUAGAAGCCAUUUAUACAAAUCUUGGGUCUUGGGAAGUAAUACAAUUCUUUUGCAGUUGAAAUUUAAUGCCUGCCAUGGUUUAUACUAUAAGAGAGACAUUACUUAAAAGUUUUCUAAUGCUUUGGGAUGUUUUUUCCUAUAUUAGUGUCUUUUAUUUAGAAGCCAGCUGUCUUACACUGAAAAUGAGCUGCUCUUCCUUUUUCAACCCGUGGAGAGGAACAUGGCAAAUGUGAUAAGGGAGUAUAAAAGUUGUUUGAUAGUCAGUCACAAAUUCAAAGACUACACAGAAUUCCCACUUAAGUUAUGACAGCUGAUAGGAGAUAGCCACGUGCCUGUUAACUUUCAUUUCUGUUCGUGUUAUUGUUCCUGUGGUGUUAAUCCUCUCUGGCAGCUGCUCUGGAGAACAUGAGGAUUUUCAUUUGUCCAGGGAGUGCAGCAGAUGGAAAUGUCUGGUGCAGCUUACUCCUCCCAAGAGUGGAGAUGUGGGAGGUUCUGUUUCUGCUUAGUUAUUCAUGAUGCUUUAAACUGAAAGAAUACAGAAUGUAUCAGAUGCUGGAAGUGCUUACAAAUCUUAUAAAAAUAAUUAAAGAAUGAAGCUUUUAGGUUCAAGUAGAAGUACAUCCUACAGAUGACUUUUGGAACAAGAGAGUGAAAACUGAUUUAACUGAAAUGCUGGUCAUACACAGGUCACUUGGCCUCUCUUAGAAAGCCUUCUUAUGUAAAUGGGAUAAGGUUAUAAAAACUUCUCAUUUGAAUAUUCUGGAGAAAGUGGCAUGCAAAAUUCUCCUGUUCUAGUUGAAUUUAAUUUGUUAACCAUUAUUGUGAAAGGUAAUAUACACAAUGAAAAUAUGCAUUCACUAUGUUCUAAAAUGUGUUUUAAACACAUUAAUGAGGGUUGCCAUGUACUCAAGUGUUAUAUUUGUCAUGUUUUUGUUGCCUUCUAAAUCAACUAGUUUGUUACUGAAAAUUUCUGGGAGCUACAAGGGAAUAAAAAUAAACUUAAAAAAUUAA